AUGCCCGUCAUCCUGCUGUCCCAGGAUCUCGCCGACUCGUUUGCUAAGCUCAGCUGCAGGUUGGAGGCCGCCACCUCUCGCCUAGAAGACAUCGCCUCCACCACCUCCGAGCUCCCACAAGCAGUACCUGCUCUAUCGCAAACCAUCCCGACGCCCCAAGCUGCCGGCAGCCCGGCCCCUACUCCGCCGGCCCCGUCCGCGCCAAAGGCCGCCCCCGAAGAGCCCCUUCCCGAGGUCAUCGAGGACUUUGAUGCCUUUCUCGACAGCUCCGUGGACAAGUAUGUCCAGACGAGUAACAAGCUGGGCGGCCUGAUUGCCGAGCAGGCCGCAAAGGUCCUGGAGGGUUUCAAGCAGCAGCGCCGUUUCCUGUUGAUCACCACAAAGGCCAAGAAGCCUGACUUGGCCGGAUCGGAGAUGGCCGCUUACCAGGACCUGCUGAAGCCCAUCAACGAGGCCCUGAUGGCCGUGGGCAGCAUCAAGGAGUCCAACCGAGGCUCCCCCGUCUUCAGCCAGCUGAGCGCCGUCGCCGAGGGCAUCAUGGUCCUGGCUUGGGUCACGGUCGACAUGCGCCCGUACAAGCACGUCGAGGAGUCCCUGCAGUCUGCCCAGUUCUUUGGCAACCGCGUGCUGAAAGAGCAGAAGGACAAGGACCAGGACCAGGUGGCGUGGAUACAGGCCUUCUACCAGGUCUUCCGGGACCUUGCCGAGUUCGUCAAGGCCAACUUCCCCAGCGGCAUCCCCUGGAACCCCAAGGGUCAGCCCGCCGCUGAAGUCGCCAAGAGCAUACCCGUCUCGGGGGCUGCACCGGCCUCGGCAGCAGCACCUCCCCCGCCACCUCCUGCCGGCGGCCUGCCUCCGCCGCCGCCGCCUCCGGGUCCUCCCCCUAUUCUGCAGAUCAAGGAAGAGAAGGCGCCGUCGAACGCUGCCGGUGGACUCGGCGCCGUCUUCAGCGAGCUUAACAAAGGCUCAGACGUGACCAAGGGGCUGAGAAAGGUGGAUAAAUCAGAGAUGACCCACAAGAACCCGUCUCUGCGAGCUUCUUCCACCGUCUCGGACGAAGCCUCGCCGCGCGGGAAGAGCCCAGCACCGGCAAGGAAGCCGAAGCCAGAAAGCAUGCGUGUUAAGAAGCCGCCCAAGAAGGAGCUUGAUGGCAAUAAGUGGACUAUUGAAAACUUCGAGAGACACCCCGAGCCUAUCGAGAUCGAAGCCAGCAUGAGCCACUCGAUCCUCAUCUCCAAGUGCUCCCACACCACCAUCAUCGUCAAGGGCAAGGCCAACGCCGUGACCAUCGAGAACACCCAGCGCCUGUCCCUCGUCAUCGACUCCCUCGUGUCCACCGUCGACGUUGUCAAGUCCUCCAACUUUGCCCUCCAGGUCAUGGGCUCCCUGCCGACCAUUCUGCUCGACCAGCUUGACGGCGCGCAGGUCUACUUGAGCAAAGAGAGCAUAGAAACCCGCAUCUUCAGCAGCAAGAGCUCCGGCAUCAACUUGAACGUGAUCGCGGGCGACGAAGACGACUACAAGGAGAUCCCCCUGCCGAGCCAGAUAUGCAGCUUCUAUGACGAGAAGAAGGGCGACCUGGUGAACGAGAUCGUGGACCAUGCCGGCUAG